UUUGCUUGGAGAGCAAUGUUGCUAGGGUUAAUUUGAAAUAAGACUAUUCAUUGGACUUUUUAAGUUACUUCACCAAUGAUAAUAAACCUUACAACAUUAAAUAUACAUUUAGUGUUAAAUAAGCAAUAUUUUUGCGCAUGGUAGAUGUUACAACACAUUGGGUACAAUCUUUUGCUGUUUGGAGAAAGAAUACAAUUUUAAUGAGCCAUGAUUAUAUUUGAAUGAAUCUUCACUUAAAUGUCAACCCAUAAAGACUGUAAAUUGCACAUUUUAGUUGUACUACUACCAAAAAGAUGGAGUCACAAGAAGCAGUUUUAAAAAGAAAUGGUUCACCUAGGCUUGAUGGAUUGCCUUCCCUUGGAAGCCCAAAGACCACCAAAGGAACAAGACCAGAUGGAUUUCCUCUUCUGCCUCCCAUUCACAAACCUGAAAAACAAACAGAAGAUCCAUAUGCCAAUAGCAAGCUCUUGACUUUUAGACUGGCAGAUCAUCACAAGAAUCUGUUGAUCAGGAUCUUACAAGAAGAUGCAGUUAAAGCAGCUAAAGAGGAGAAACUAUUUUAUAAGCAGCACAAGGAUGACCCAAAACCAGAAGAGCCUCAAAUGCCUGCUGAGAUGAUGAGUAAAGAUAGACGCACACAGCUGAACUAUCGCUUCUUGAAAAGUUGCGUAGAAACUGGUCAUGUGGAGCCCAUGCAGCAGACUUGGUCUGAGCGAGUCCUGAAAUUGAUUCCAGAGGAACUGAAACAUGGCAAACUUUUGAGCCAACUUUUGCAGGAACUAUUGGAGGAAGUUAAAUCUUUAUUUGAGACUAGUAUGAAAAAAUCUAUGGUUCAACAUGUUCUGAUAAAACCAGAGGUCAAAGGUCUAGAGAAUGAAACAGCAGGUCCACCUCCAGAAGAACCAUUAGGUUUAGAUUUUUCAAAUCCAUGGCAUGAGACCUUCCUAGAAAACACAAAAACUAUAUCUCACCGUUUGUAUUGCCUUCAUCCUUCCCAUCAAACUGUUCUCAAGAUGUGUCAAAGCACUCUGGGAAAUAUGGUUCUUGUAGAUGUGAGUCAGUAUAGACUGACUGGCCCAAUAGAGUUUGACAGUUUGAAAAACAAUGUAACUUUAGACUUGGAAAAAACUGAGGAGAAAUUAAUGCAUAGCUGGCAUCCAGGAAUAAUCAACAUCUUCACAGACAAAAACAAGUUCUUAGAGAUCCCUCAAGAUGAGAUGGAGCUCUUCUAUUCAAGUGUCACAACUCUCAUUUCUAACCAGCUCAAAGACUUGAUAGUCCACACCCUUGACUCCUAUGUCAGCCUGUUCUCUCCAGAGAAUCACCUUCUUCUGCCUGUGCUGAAGAUGGAGCUGACUUUUGAUGAUGAGAAGAUGCAGUUCUACCCUCCUUUUGAGGACCUUGAGGAGACAGUGCUGUUUGUAGUAUCACAGAUAUGUAAGACUCUGCAAAAGGUUCCUACAAUUCAUUCCUGGCUUGGUGGUGGCAACACAGUGACUUACAUUGAUGCGAAAAUUUCCCCACACAUCUUGGAUGCUUACAAACAGACACUGAAAGAAGCAGUCAGACGUCUGUUUGAGGCACCAAAGCAACAUUUAGAAUCCUUCAUGUCCAGAUAUAACUACAUAGUCAAUGGUGAAGCUCUGGCUGAGAUCAAAGAAUACAUGAAAGAUGAACAUACAUUUGCAGAAUACACAGUGGAAAUAGAAAAGUUUCGUAGUCUGGCUUCAGAAAUCAUGGGACUUCCAAGCAUUGAGCAUUACGACAUGAUCCGAUUAGAUUGUGAAGAUUUAAAGAGAGGUCUGGCUAAAGUCUGCCGUAGCCAUGCUGAUGAGCUGUUGAGCCGGGUUUCCUCAGAUCACCGCAGGGAGAAUGAAGGCAUUUGUAAAGAGUUUCACAACAUUAAGGAGAAAGCUCUGGCUGUUCCAAGUUCUAGUGAAGAACUUAUUGACAUGCUCAACUUUGUGGAGGUAGCCAGAACCACAGGCAUGAUUCAACUCAAUGAAAGGAUUACUGAAUCCAAGGACAGGUUGGCUUACCUUAUAGAUGUUUUCUUUUUUGAGCCAAAAGAUAUUGAGCUGAACUGUGAGGUGCUUACCUGGCCUAAGAGAAUUAUGCCAAUAUUUGAUGAAAAUGAUGUUCUGGUGGAACAGUCAAGACAAAAGGGAGAGAAAGAACUGAUCCAGAAAAGAGAGAAAGUCAUGAUGGAGCUAGAGAAGCUACGCCAGCGUGUGGAUGAGUUCAACGACUACGGUGAGCUGGACACCAUGGCCCAGUAUGUUAAAGAUGUUACCAAUGUCCAACAGCGAAUCAAAGAGCUGACCACACAGAUUUCUUGGAUAAACAAAGAAGAACAACUGUACAAGUAUCCAGUCUCUGUGUAUCCAGACGUGGAGGACAUCAGCUCAUCACUUGAACCAUUCCUGCGUCUGUUCAAUGUUGUGUUGAAAUGGCAGAAGGCAGAGAAAAGAGUGAUGGAUGGAGCUUUUCUGGAGCAGAAUGCUGAGGCUAUUGAUGGAGAAGUGGAUGAGUACUAUAGAGAGCUCUUUAAGAUUCAGAAGGUCUUCAACCAGAAAGUCAAAAAGAUGCAGAUGGAGAUGGAAGAACUUGAUAGGGAGAAGAAGAAGAAGAGAAGGGCGCAGGAAGAAGAUGGGGAGGAGACAGCUGGAGACACAGCAGAAGAGGAAUCCUUUAAGAUGCCAGAAGCUGUGAACAUUAUCAGCACCAUCAUGGAGUCUAUCAAACAGUUCAAGGAAGUGAUUCCAGUGAUAGCAAUCUUAUGCAACCCUGGAAUCCGCAAGCGGCACUGGGAUAAAAUGAAUGAAAUAGCUGGUUUCAACUUGACCCCAGACACUGGCUCUACCCUCCGCAAAAUGUUGAAGCUGAACAUUGAGCCCUACAUGGAACAGUUUGAGAGUAUCUCCGCUUCAGCUUCCAAGGAACAUUCCCUUGAAAAAGCUCACAUGAAGAUGGUUGAGGAAUGGGAGACAAUCAACUUCAACUUAAUUCAAUAUCGUGACACAGGGGUCAGUAUUUUGGCCUCAGUGGAUGACAUGCAGACAACUCUGGAUGAUCAAAUUGUCAAGACUCAAACCAUGAGAGGGUCGCCUUUUAUUAAGCCAUUUGAAAAAGAAAUGAAGGAGUGGGAAGAUAAAUUGAUGCACACCCAAGAGACUAUUGAUGAGUGGCUCAAAGUGCAGGCACAGUGGCUCUACUUGGAACCAAUUUUCUCAUCGGAGGAUAUCAUGCAGCAGAUGCCGGAAGAAGGGAGACUAUUCCAAAUGGUUGACAGAAAUUGGAAAGAUAUUAUGAGGAAUACCAGCAAGGAUCCCAGAGUUCUUGUAGCAUGCAAUGUCCAGGGCUUGCUAGACAAAUUGCAGGACAGUAAUGGUCUUCUAGAUAAGAUCAACAAAGGAUUGAAUGCUUACCUAGAAAAGAAACGUCUUUUCUUUCCAAGGUUCUUUUUCUUGUCCAAUGAUGAAAUGUUGGAGAUUUUGUCUGAGACCAAAGACCCGACUCGUGUCCAGCCUCACCUCAAGAAGUGCUUUGAAGGUAUUGCCAAGUUGGAGUUUGACAACAAACUAGACAUCCAUGCCAUGUUCAGCAGUGAGGGAGAGAAAAUCAAACUUAGUCAGAUUAUUUCUACCUCUGAGGCUCGAGGUGCAGUAGAGAAAUGGCUACUGCAGGUACAAGAUAUCAUGCUAAUGUCAAUUAGAGAUGUCAUUGAGAAAGCUGUGGAGGCAUAUCCCAUGACCCCUCGUACUGAGUGGGUAAAAGUUUGGCCAGGUCAAGUUGUGCUGUGUGUUUCUCAGGCAUUUUGGACCAGAGAGGUGGAGGAAGCCAUACCAGGUGGACCUCAAGGAUUGAGAGAGUAUUAUGAAAAGCUGCAACAGCAGAUGGGUCAAGUUGUUGCUCUAGUUAGAGGCAAGCUGACUAAACAACAAAGAAUUACACUUGGGGCUUUGGUGACCAUUGAUGUCCAUGCUAGAGAUGUUGUCCUGGAAAUGGCAGACAAAGGAGUGGCCACAGAAAAUGAUUUUAAUUGGCUAGCACAACUUCGUUACUACUGGGAGGAGGCCAGGAUGCUUGUCCGUAUCACUAAUGCCACAGUGAAAUACUGUAAUGAAUACCUGGGUAACUCAGGGCGUCUGGUCAUCACACCCUUGACUGACAGGUGUUACAGGACACUAGUUGGAGCGUUCCACCUCAAUCUGAAUGGAGCCCCUGAAGGACCAGCAGGUACUGGAAAAACGGAGACCACUAAAGAUUUAGCCAAAGCUAUUGCAGUCCAGUGUGUAGUGUUCAACUGUUCUGAUGGCCUGGAUUAUAUUGCUAUGGGCAAGUUUUUUAAAGGACUUGCAUCAGCAGGAGCAUGGGCUUGUUUUGAUGAGUUUAACAGAAUUGAUCUUGAAGUCUUGUCUGUAGUUGCUCAGCAGAUUUUGUGCAUUAUCAGAGCAGUCCAAGCUCAUGUAGACAGGUUUGUUUUUGAAGGCACAGAACUUAAUCUAAAUCCAAACUGUUAUGUUUGCAUCACAAUGAAUCCUGGUUAUGCUGGUCGAUCAGAGCUGCCAGACAAUCUCAAAGUUCUCUUUAGAACCGUAGCCAUGAUGGUUCCAGAUUAUGCAAUGAUUGCUGAAAUCUCACUUUACUCAUUUGGCUUUCUGGAUGCCAGAAGUCUAGCAGUGAAAAUUGUCACCACUUACCGCUUGUGCUCUGAACAGCUCUCAUCACAGUUUCACUAUGACUAUGGCAUGAGAGCCGUAAAGGCUGUUCUCUCAGCUGCUGGAAACCUGAAGCUUAAAUUUCCAGAUGAGGCCGAAGAUAUUUUGCUUUUACGUUCAAUUAUUGAUGUCAACCUGCCCAAGUUCCUGUCACAUGACAUUCCACUCUUUACUGGUAUCAUCUCUGACCUGUUUCCUGGACUCCAGUUACCUGAAGCUGACUAUAAGGUUUUCCUGGAUGCAAUGGUCAGAGUCUCACAGCAGAGAAAUCUUCAGUUUGUCAAGUUUUUCAAGGAAAAGAUCAUACAAACUUAUGAGAUGAUGAUAGUCAGACAUGGGUUCAUGUUAGUAGGGGAACCUUUUGGUGGUAAAACUAAAGUCCUGGAGACUCUGCAGGAGGGAAUGACUCUCCUCAACAAUGAGGGGGAGGAAGAGUAUGAGAAGGUCAUUUCCAGAAUCAUUAACCCGAAGGCCAUCACCAUGGGUCAGCUGUUUGGUCAAUUUGACCAAGUCUCACAUGAGUGGACAGAUGGUGUUGUAGCUAAUACCUUCAGAGAGUUUGCUUCCACUGACACCCCAGACAGAAAGUGGGUCAUAUUUGAUGGUCCAAUCGAUGCCCUCUGGAUAGAAAACAUGAACACUGUGCUGGACGAUAACAAAAAGCUGUGCCUGAUGAGUGGUGAAAUUAUUCAGAUGUCAAAUGUCAUGUCACUUAUUUUUGAAACCAUGGAUCUCUCCCAAGCCUCGCCUGCUACAGUCAGUCGCUGUGGGAUGGUUUAUCUUGAACCUACGACCCUUGGCUGGCGACCUCUAGUCAAGUCUUGGCUGCAUGAGUUCCCUAAAGUUGUGGGAGAAGAGAGCAUAGAGUACCUUGGGGCUCUGUUUGAGUGGUUGGUUGAUCCUUGUCUGGACUUCAUCAGAAAGAGUUGUAAGGAAUAUGUUCAAGGCAGUGCAGCCAAUCAAACCAAGUCUCUGAUGUUUUUGAUUGACAUGCUGAUGCAUGAAGGGAUACAUGCAGAGGAUGCAGCUGAGAACAAGCAUCUGAAAUCAUGGCUAGUGGCUGCUGUUCUGUUUGCUAUCCCAUGGUCAAUUGGGGGCUGCAUUGAUGUGGACAGCAGGGCCAAGUUUGAUACAUUUUUCCGUGACCUGGUUGCUGGGAAGAUAGAGACCAGUCCAAUACCAAAAGAGAUUGGGAAAGUGGAAAACAUGAUGCCGACAGAUCAUCCAGUUUAUGAUUUUUAUUACGAGCAAAAGGCCAAAGGUCAGUGGAACCACUGGAAUGUUUUAUUGAGAGGUACAGAACCAAAGACCACCAAGAUCAGGGAGAUGCUUGUGCCAACUAUGGACACUGCCAGAUAUACAUUUAUCAUGGACUUGUGCAUCCACCACAACAGGCCACUACUCUUUGUUGGCCCAACCGGCACAGGAAAAAGUGCUUAUGUUCAGCAGAAAUUGAUGCAUGAUCUGCCACAGGAGAAAUAUCUGGCAACUUUCAUUAACUUCUCAGCACAGACAAGUGCAAAUAUGACACAGAGCAUCAUAAUGUCAAGGCUAGACAAAAGACGUAAAGGUGUGUUUGGACCUCAGGUGGGAAAGAAAGCCAUCAUAUUUGUAGAUGAUUUAAACAUGCCUGCCAAAGAAGUUUAUGGAGCACAGCCACCUAUAGAGCUGCUCCGCCAGUUUAUCGACCAUGGCAACUGGUAUGACCUCAAGGACACUAGCAAAAUAGUUCUCCAGGACAUUCAGUUCUUGACAGCCAUGGGGCCACCUGGUGGAGGGCGUAACACAAUCACGCUCCGCUUCAUGCGCCACUUCAACAUCGUCUCCAUGAACCCAUUCAAUGAUGAGUCCAUGACCAAAAUUUUCAACACCUUGAUUACAACUUACCUCAGGCAACAAGAGUUCUCUUCUGAUUACUUCUCUGUGGGCACCACCAUUGUCAACGCUACCAUGGAGAUGUACAAAGAGGCCAUGAAGAGCCUUCUGCCAACCCCAGCCAAGUCUCACUACAUCUUUAACCUGCGAGACUUUUCCAGAGUGAUCCUGGGUAUUUGCCUCAUCAAGAAGGACCAGGUGCAAGACAAGAAAACACUGAUGAAACUUUGGGUUCAUGAAGUAAUGAGAGUAUUCUAUGAUCGUCUGGUUGAUGAUUCUGACAGAGACUGGCUGUUUAAGACAGUGUCAGGUUUACUGAAGGAUCACUUCAAAGAAAGUAUGGACAGUUUAUUUGUUAAUUUGUCAGCAGACACACAUGGUGGCAAGGUAAAAGAAGAAGAUCUACGUAGCUUGAUGUUUGGUGACUACAUGGACCCAGACGCCAUACCAGAAGACAGAAUGUACAAAGAAGUGGCCUCCCUUGAUGAUUUUUACAACGUUGUGGCAAUUUGUUUGGAAGAGUACAACAAUACUCAUAAAAAUGCCAUGAACCUUGUCAUAUUCAGAUAUGUGUUGGAGCAUCUGUCCCGUAUUUGCCGUAUUCUAAGACAACCAGGUGGAAAUGGACUUCUGGUUGGCGUUGGAGGCAGUGGGCGUCAGUCUCUGACACGUCUGGCCACGGCCAUGGCAGGACACAACCUGUUUCAGCCAGAAAUCUCCAAAAACUAUGGCACCAAUGAGUGGAGAGAAGACAUCAAGAGUGUUUUGAAUGCUGCAGGAGGUCAAGGAAAGACAACUGUGUUUUUGAUCACUGACACUCAGAUUAAACAGGAAUCCUUCCUAGAAGAUAUUGACUCAUUGCUUAACACUGGGGAAGUUCCAAACUUGUUUGCUUCUGAUGAGAAAGCAGAAAUCAUGGAGGCUGUGAGGCCUGUAGCUCAAGCUGGCGACAAGAAUGCAGAUUUCUCUCCCCUUGCACUAUUUGCAUUCUUUGUGAAUCGCUGCAGAGAAAAUCUUCACAUUAUCAUAGCAUUCAGUCCUAUUGGUGAUGCUUUCCGCAACAGGUUGCGCCAGUUCCCCUCUCUCAUUAACUGCUGUACCAUUGACUGGUUUCAGGCUUGGCCAGAUGAUGCGCUCAUGAGGGUUGCCAACAAGUUCUUGGAAGAGGCUGACAUUGAAGACAGAGAAAAAGUGGAAGUUGUCAACAUCUGCAAAUCCUUCCACCAGAGUGUCAGAGAUCUUUCAGAAAGGUUCCUCAGAGAAUUAGGUCGCCACAACUAUGUCACACCUACAUCUUACCUGGAGCUGAUCAACUCUUUCAAGAACUUACUUCAGAAGAAACAAGAUGAGACAAUGAAAGCCAAACAGAGAUACAUCGUAGGCCUGGAGAAACUAGCUUUCGCAGCAUCUCAGGUAGCAACAAUGCAGAAAGAAUUGGAAGAGCUGCAACCUCAGCUUGUUGUGUCUGCCGCUGAGAACGAAAAAAUGCUCAAGAUCAUUGAGGUGGACUCUGCUGAUGUGGAAAAGACGACAGAGAAGGUCAAGGCUGAUGAGGCUGUGGCCAAUGAAAGUGCCUCCCAGGCUCAGGCCCUGAAGGAUGACUGUGAAGCCCAGUUAGCUGAAGCCAUCCCAGCUUUAGAGAUGGCCAUUGCAGCUCUGAACACUUUGAAACCUGCUGACAUCACUAUUGUCAAAUCUAUGAACAACCCUCCAGCUGGUGUGCGUUUGGUCAUGGCAGCAGUUUGUGUUAUGAAAGACAUAAAGCCUGAGAAAAUAAACAACCCAGAUAAACCUGGACAAAAGAUGAAUGACUUCUGGGGACCCAGUAAGAAACUCUUGGGUGACAUGAACUUCCUAGCCUCUCUUUUGGAGUAUGACAAAGACAACAUCCCAGUGGCCAUCAUGAAAAAAAUUAGGGAGGAGUACAUCACCAACCCAAUGUUUAAACCAGAGAUUGUUGCCAAUGCAUCCUCUGCGGCAGAAGGUUUAUGUAAAUGGAUUCUUGCUCUUGAGGUAUAUGACAGAGUUGCCAAAGUUGUGGCUCCUAAGAAAGAAAAGUUACGUGAGGCAGAAGCAGAACUCGGCAAGAUGAUGGAAAACCUGAAUGCAAAAAGAGCAGAGUUGGCAGCUGUGCAGAAGAAAUUAGAAGAUUUAAAGAAUACAUUUAAAGACAUGACAGAAAAGAAACAGCAGUUGGAGUUUCAGGUGGACUUGUGUGGCAAGAAAUUGGUCAGAGCUGAAAAGCUAAUUGGUGGACUGGGUGGAGAGAAAGAGCGGUGGACCAAUGCUGCAGCCACUCUUCAAAAUAUAUAUGACAACUUGAUGGGAGAUGUCCUGAUCUCUGCAGGUGUUAUCGCCUACCUGGGACCAUUCACCAGGUCCUUCAGGGACUCAGAGACCUCACAGUGGAUCAAACUUUGUCAGUCAAAGAAGAUUCCCUGUUCAACAGAGUUUUCGCUCAGCAAAACACUGGGUGAACCAAUUAAAAUACAGGCCUGGAAUAUUGCUGGACUACCCAAGGACAGCUUUUCAGUGGACAAUGGUGUCAUCGUGGCAAACUCUAGGAGAUGGCCACUGAUGAUUGACCCCCAAGGUCAGGCCAACCGCUGGGUGAAGAAUUCUGAGAAAGACAACACACUGUCAGUGAUCAAACUGUCAGACGCAGACUAUAUGAGGACCUUGGAAAACUGCGUGACUUUUGGCAACCCACUUCUGCUGGAGAAUGUUGGCGAGGAGCUUGACCCAUCCCUGGAGCCUUUACUUCUGAAGCAGACAUUUAAACAAGCUGGUGUGGAGAUGAUUCGUCUCGGUGAUAACAUCAUUGAGUACAGCCAGGACUUCCGUUUCUACAUCACCACCAAGCUGCGUAACCCUCACUACAUGCCAGAGUUAUCCACCAAAGUUUCACUCCUUAACUUUAUGAUAACACCAGAAGGCCUUGAAGAUCAGCUCCUGGGUAUUGUUGUUGCGAAAGAAAGGCCUGAACUUGAGGAAGAAAGGCAAGCCUUGAUAGUCACCAGUGCCACCAAUAAGAAACAGUUGAAGGAGAUUGAGGACAAAAUCCUGCACACAUUGUCUGCCUCAGAGGGGAACAUUCUGGAAGAUGAACAAGCCAUUCAAGUUCUAGAUUCUUCAAAAGUUCUUUCUGAUGAGAUUUCCAAGAAACAAAAGGUUGCAGAGGAGACUGAAAAGAAAAUUGAAUCAUCACGAGUUGGUUACAGGCCAAUAGCUAAACAUUCCUCCACUUUGUUCUUCUCUAUCACUGACCUACCAAACAUUGAUCCCAUGUACCAAUACUCUCUGACCUGGUUUGUAAACUUGUUCAUCAUGAGCAUUCAAGACAGUAACAAGUCCAAAAUUGUGGAGAAGCGUCUGCGUUACUUGUCUGACCACUUUACCUAUAACCUCUACUGCAGUAUUUGUCGCUCUCUGUUUGAGAAAGACAAACUGCUCUUUUCUUUUGUCCUCUGUGCAAACAUCUUGUUAGCCAAGAAAGAUCUAAACACAGAAGAGUUCAUGUUUUUCUUGACUGGAGGCAUUGGUUUGGAGAACAAACUGGCCAAUCCUGCACCUGUAUGGCUGAAUGAGAAAUGUUGGGAUGAAAUAUGCAGGAUGAGUGAUCUUAAAAACUUUAAAGGCUUCAGGGAAGAUUUUGUGAAAAACAUAGAGAAAUGGAAAGACUUUUACAAUGAGAAAGAGCCUCACAAAGUGACUUUACCAGAUCCUUGGAACACUAAACUUAAUGACUUCCAGAGGAUGAUAGUACUUAGGACAGUGCGACCUGACAAGAUUGGUCUUGCAAUCACUGAGUUUGUUAUGGAAAAGCUUGGGAAGAAAUUUGUUGAACCUCCCCCCUUUGACCUGGCCAAAAGCUAUGGAGAUUCUAACUGCUGCACACCAUUGAUCUUUGUUCUGUCCCCUGGAGCAGACCCCACCAUGAGCCUCUUGAAAUAUGCAGAAGAUAAAGGAUUUGGGGGCAACAAAUUUAAUUCAAUAUCUUUGGGUCAAGGACAGGGACCAAUAGCUGCCAAGAUGAUCAAACUAGCCAAGGAAGAUGGUUCAUGGGUUCUUUUACAGAACUGUCAUUUGGCUGUGUCAUGGAUGAACUCUCUGGAGAAGAUUUGUGAAGAAUUCACACCAGAAACAACAAAUUCCUCUUUCAGGCUUUGGUUAACAAGUUACCCAUCUCCUAAGUUUCCUGUGACUGUCUUACAAAAUGGUGUUAAAAUGACCAAUGAACCACCGACUGGACUUCGUCAGAACCUCUUGCAGAGCUAUUUGAAUGAUCCAAUCAGCGAUGAAACAUUCUUCAAGGGUUGCAAGGGCAAAGAGCAGAGCUUUGAGAAACUAUUGUUUGGUUUGUGUUUCUUCCAUGCUCUAGUCCAGGAGAGAAGAAAGUUUGGACCUCUAGGUUGGAAUAUUGCAUAUGGGUUUAAUGAGUCUGAUUUGAGAAUCUCUGUCAGGCAACUUCAGAUGUUUAUAAAUGAGUAUGAUGAUGUUCCCUUUGACGCCAUCACCUACAUGACUGGAGAGUGUAAUUAUGGUGGGCGUGUCACUGACGAUUGGGACAGGCGUUGUCUGCUGACCAUUCUGGCUGACUUCUUCAACUCUGCCAUUGUCACUGACCAGAAAUACAAGUUUUCCCCCAGUGGCAACUAUCACUGUCCUACGAAAAAUGGAUACAAUGAAGCUGUAGAGUUUAUCAAGAACUUGCCGCCCACACAACAUCCUGAGAUCUUUGGCAUGCAUGAGAAUGUGGAUAUCUCCAGGGAGCUGCAGGAAGUGAGGCUCUUGUUUGACUCUGUCCUCCUGACUCAAGGAGGGCAGGGGGGAGGAGGAGGAAACACUGAUCAAGCUCUGGCUGACAUUGCCACGGACAUUUUGUCAAAGCUUCCCAAAGACUAUGAUAUUGAAUUGGCCAUCAAGAAAUAUCCUGUCACGUAUUCAGAGAGUAUGAACACUGUCCUUGUCCAGGAGAUGGAAAGAUUCAACAAACUUCUUGUCAUCAUUCGAUCAAGUCUCCAGAACAUCCAAAAAGCCAUCAAAGGACUUGUAGUCAUGUCAGCUGACUUGGAAGCUCUUGCAGGAAGUCUCCUUAUUGGCAAACAGCCAGCCAUGUGGACCAAACGCUCAUACCCUUCAUUGAAGCCACUGGGCAGUUAUAUCAAUGACUUCCUAGACAGACUCAAAUUUUUACAACAAUGGUAUGAUCAUGGAAAACCUGAAGAUUUCUGGGUAUCUGGUUUCUUCUUCACUCAAGCUUUCUUGACUGGCGUUAUGCAAAAUUUUGCUAGAAAAUACACAAUUCCAAUUGAUAAAUUGGCUUUUGAUUUUGAAGUAUUAAGUGAGGACAGAAUGCCCAAGGCUCCUGAUGAUGGUGCUUACAUCUAUGGUCUGUUUCUAGAUGGUGCUCGCUGGGACAAAACUCAGGGUUGCCUUGAAGAACAACUGCCCAAAAUUCUCAAUGAGGCAGUGCCAAUUAUCUGGCUCCGCCCCAAGCGCAUGAAUGAGAUUGAUGAGUCCAACAAGCGCUACAAGUGUCCAGUCUACAAGACUAGCGAGCGCAAAGGUGUGCUUUCUACUACUGGUCACUCCACCAACUUUGUUCUAGCCAUUUGGCUGCCCACUAAGAAACCUGUCCAGCACUGGGUUAAAAGAGGCUGCGCCUGCCUGUGCCAGAAGGAUGACUAAAGGGAAAAAAAAAGAACGAAAUAUUUUGUAUAGCAAUGAACCAAUAGCUUUCAGGAAAAGUGUUUUACAAAAAGACAAUAUUUGCAACAAAUAUUAUGACAAUAUUUAGAACAAAUAUAAAUUUUCUGGAAUACUUUUACAUUUUUUAUUGGAUGUCUCUGUUGUUGUAUUUUUUAAUUGAGAUUUCCUUUUUUAAAGUUUGAAUAUAAUAACUGAUGCAGCUGUGCAAAAUUUAACACUUUUAUGUAGAACUUUUAAUGUUUCUACAAAAUAUGUUUGUGUCAUUGAAAUGAACUAAUGUUUAUAUAUAUAUAUAUAUAUAUAUUAUAUAUUUUAUAUAUUUAAACAAUAAUUCCAUUGUUGGAUAGGAAGAAUUUUUUUUCCAUAGCUGUAAAAUGUGGAAUGAUAGCUGAAGAUUAAUGUUCCUGAUUUUUGUAUUAUAUUAUUUAUUAUUUUAAGUUUAUAGACUGUUUAAGGAAGAAAACAUGUUAUUGAGAUAUUGUUAAAUUCUAUGUCCAAAUUUAAGGUACUAGAAAUGUUGAAGAUAUAUUUAAUCGUCCUUUUCUUAUUUUCUUGCAUUGUGUUACUAAAGUAGCACUUCACUGAUUGCCCAGUAUUUUUUAUGUGCAAGACUUAUAAUUUAAAAUCUAGCAGCAUGAUUUGAUGUAAUGUAAUCAGAGUGACUGUUACUGUUAUGAUAUAAUGCUAUGUACAGUUGAAAAUAAUAUUUUGUUACUGUGAGAUAUUUUUGUAUUUGAAUUCGGUUUUUAAAUAUAUGAAUUGCUGCUGAAGUUUUUUUGUGGCCAAUUUUUGAUGAAUUCACAUUAUCCUCCUGUGAUAUAUUUAAAACCUUUUUGUGAUAAUGAGCUUUUUACAAAUAUUUUCUAUGUUGUAUAUAUUUUUAAUUGUAUUUCCUUUUUUUUUUUAAGUUGGUGAUAAUGUGUAUAUAAUCACAGGCAAAUAUAUUCUUAUAUUCAUCUGAUGAAGUUAGUAUUUACAAAUAAACCAAUUUUCCAUCCAAUAAAUAUUAUUUUAAAAAUUGCUGUCCGUCCAUUGGAUAUUGACAUUAUUUUUUUGAAUGUGAGGUAAACAAUGAAAUAAGUUUACUCAUGUUUAAUUUUUUUUAUAAAUUUUAUUUAUAUGUUAAUCAAUUUUUUUAUGUUUAAUAUUUUGAUCAGAAAAUAACAGAAUGAUUAGUUCCAUUGAAUGUAAUUCAAAUAUUUCUAAGUUUAAUUUACAUUGUUUUGUUUUUUUCCUAGGAUAGUUUAUGCUGUGCAUUCAGAGAUUUUGCUAACAGUGCCUUGAUUUUGUCUUGUUUUUAGUUGAACUAAUAAAUAUUUAUGUUCAUUUAGAUGCAUAACUGACUUUAUUUAAAUAAUUUUUUUUUAAGUGCUAAUUUUAUUAAAGUAAAAAUUACAUUUAUUUGUACUAACUAAAUACGAUGUUGACUUAUUACAGCUGUCCAUGGUACACAGUAAUGUGUUGUAGCAUUUAAACAAUAAAACCAAUGCUAGCUUUCUUGAUAUUGAGUAAAUUAAGUUUACAAAUCUUGAUAAAAAUGAACCUUUCAACUACUUUGGAUUGCAGUGUACAGUUGUUUACAAAUAAACAAUACAAACAAA